AUGCUCGCCAGUCCAGCUAUGGAAAUGCAGAAUGAGGAGACCCCUUUGGCCUUGCAGAGGCUGUGGAAUCUUACCCGUGCCCGUCUUGCUGGCACCUCUACUGCUUUGGAUGAGCCUGAGCUUGUUGAGACUCUGCCGUCGGCACAGGAACCUGAAGGAACGCCCAAAACCUACGUUCAUGUGGCUAGUGACUAUGAAAGUGACGGCGAUGAGGCUUUCCCUGAAUUGGAAGUUCCUGAACAAUCUGGAACCGUUUUCAAGGGUUACUGGACGGAGAGUGUCCAUGACAAAGUGGUCAUUCUCGACGCUAGCACCCUCGGAGAUAUCCCGGCGGUGUACCGCGUCCCGCAGCCCGCACCGCACCAGAUGCCCGUCAUCGGCGCAUACAUCGACCCUCGCGUCAGAACCGGAUUCCGAUACAAAGUCAGACCAAUGCAGGCUCUAGAUGCGCCCCCACUAGCAGUGAAGCCAAGAUACUUGUUCGGUGGAAAAGCCUUGACUCUGCAGUCAAUCGGUCGUGGAUUCGCCCGCCGUCUCACCUUUGAACCUUAUGGCUGCACACUCAAUGAAAAUGAGAAUUAUUUCUGGUCCGACUCAAGACCUGAGGGGUUCGUUUUCGAAAUUGAAGCAAUUUCUGUUGGAGAUAAGUUUACCAUCUACGACGUUGAUAACGAACCUCAGGGAAUACUGGAAGUCGUACAACAGCAGAAGAAUCAAAUCGAACUGGAGCAACGUAUUUUCGAUGAUGGUUCCAUUGAAAAGAAGGUUAAAAUUAACACAUUGUGCAAAUUGGAAUGGUAUGAAAAUGAUGGAGCUACCAAACUUGUGCCUGUUACUGGUGUGGCUAUCUUGAAGAAGAGCAGCCGAGGAAAUGCGUCUGUUACCAGAGUUGUAAACGUUGCCAUUGGUAUCAAGCAGCUGAAGAAAGGUUUCGAGCUCAAACCUGGCAUCGAGUCAUCUUCCCGUAGAGUCACUGUUAAUGGAGCCGAUAUUAAUGAUAUUCCGUGCCAGUAUAGCAUCGUUGGUCUGGAAAGAUACGAACUGCCCGUUAUUGGGACAUACGUUGACCCUCGAAUUAUUCCUGGCUUCUACUACCGCAUCCGGCCAGCUGGCAGUCGCCGUCACCUCUUCGAAGGCCGCAGCCUAUUGCUCCAGUCCAUUGGAAUGGGAUACGGCAAACGUAUCACCUUCAAACCGGACAGGUUAAAUUCGCCUGAAAACUACUUUUGGUCUGACUCACACCCCGAGGGCAUUGGCAUGGAACCUCGAGCGAUUCAACCGGGAAUGAAAUUCUCAAUCACUGGAAACGGAGGCUUACUUGGCGAGGCUAGCGUCUUCAGAGCUGACUUGCCCCAAAUUGAGGAAAAAACGGAAUACGUUAACGUGCCUGGAAAGAAAGGAAAGGCAGUUCAGAAGUAUAUUCACGUCGACGUCACUUGCCAUGUCAAAUUGGCCACCACUGGCGGAGGCUCCGUCGAUUCCGAGGUACACUUGAUGAAGGUGUCGGGAGUGGCGGUAGUCCGUAGGGAGCCGGAUCAGCCCACGGCCAAAUUAGUGAAGGUGUACAACGUGGGAUUGGACUCCCAGCUAAACCUUCUGUUCGCGCACUCACAGACGGAACUCACUUUCCAUCCACUACCUUAAAUCUGCAACGGUACCCGAAUGGCUUAGCAAUACUCGUGUUUGCUAAUAAGUAUUGUAAUGCCAAAAAAACCCACCUGGCGCGACAUGGGCUCCGUCAAAUGCCAUCUGAUUUGGUCUCGAAUUUGCAACCGAGGGAAGGUCCCAGUACCAAUAGUGUUGUGGGGCUAGUCUGGUUUUGUACUCACUCGGCUAUCGUCUGAUAGGCAAAUGCGAGCUUGCACAAAAAAGCUAA